AUGGUUGAUUUUCCUUACUCAAGUGCACCCCUUCGUACCAUCAAAGAAGUCCAAUUCGGUCUCUUUUCUCCUGAAGAAGUCCGUGGUAUUUCUGUUGCUAAGAUUGAAUUCCCAGAAACAAUGGACGAGAGUCAAAUGAAAGCUAAAAUAGGUGGGCUUAACGAUCCAAGAUUGGGUUCUAUUGAUCGUAACUAUAAGUGUCAAACCUGUGGUGAAGGCAUGAGUGAGUGUCCUGGUCAUUUUGGUCAUAUUGAGCUUGCGAAGCCUGUUUUCCAUAUCGGUUUUAUAUCUAAAAUCAAGAAGGUUUGCGAAUGUGUAUGUAUGCACUGUGGUAAAUUGCUUCUAGAUGAGUAUAACGAACAAAUGAGACAGGCUAUCAAAAUCAAAGACUCGAAGAGAAGAUUUAACGCUGUUUGGACUUUAUGUAAAACUAAAAUGGUAUGUGAGACCGAAGUUCCAUCACCUGAUGACCCAACAGUGUUUAUUUCCAGAGGUGGAUGUGGUCAUAUCCAACCAAGUAUUCGUAAGGAUGGUCUAAGUUUAGUUGGUACCUGGAAAAAGGAUAAAAAUGCCGAAGACUCUGACCAACCUGAAAAGCGUAUUAUCUCUGCUGAGGAAAUUUUGAACGUCUUCAAACAUAUCUCCCCAGAAGAUGGAUGGAGGCUUGGGUUCAAUGAAGACUUCUCUCGUCCUGAGUGGAUGAUUCUAACAGUGUUACCAGUUCCUCCUCCUCCAGUUCGUCCAUCUAUUUCCUUCAAUGAAUCUCAAAGAGGUGAAGAUGAUUUGACUUAUAAACUUGGGGAUAUCUUGAAAGCUAACAUAAAUGUCCAAAAACUAGAAAUAAACGGUUCUCCACAACACGUUAUUCAGGAAUCGGAAUCUUUGUUGCAAUUCCAUGUUGCAACAUACAUGGACAACGAUAUUGCUGGUCAACCACAAGCUGUUCAAAAAUCCGGUCGUCCUAUUAAAUCGAUCCGUGCCCGUUUAAAAGGUAAGGAAGGACGUAUCAGAGGUAACCUUAUGGGGAAGCGUGUAGAUUUCUCUGCUCGUACCGUUAUUUCUGGUGAUCCUAAUUUAGACUUGGAUCAAGUUGGUGUUCCAAAGUCUAUUGCUAAGACACUAACAUACCCUGAAGUUGUGACCCCGUACAAUAUUGACCGUUUAACUCAAUUGGUGCGCAAUGGUCCAAAUGAACACCCAGGUGCUAAAUACGUUAUCCGUGAAAAUGGUGAUCGUAUUGAUUUGAGAUACAGUAAGAGAGCAGGUGAUAUCCAACUACAGUAUGGUUGGAAAGUGGAACGUCACAUCACUGAUAAUGAUCCCGUUUUAUUCAAUCGUCAACCAUCCCUUCACAAGAUGUCUAUGAUGGCACACAGAGUUAAGGUUAUGCCGUAUUCUACCUUCAGGCUAAAUUUGUCUGUUACAUCCCCUUAUAAUGCAGAUUUUGAUGGUGACGAAAUGAAUUUACACGUUCCACAAUCUGAAGAAACAAGAGCCGAACUAUCUCAGUUAUGUGCCGUUCCUCUACAAAUUGUGUCCCCACAAUCGAAUAAGCCAUGUAUGGGUAUUGUUCAAGAUACGCUAUGUGGUAUUCGUAAAAUGACUUUAAGAGAUACUUUCAUAGAGAUCGAUCAGGUGCUAAAUAUGCUUUACUGGAUUCCCGACUGGGACGGUAUUAUCCCAACACCAGCUAUUCUCAAACCAAAACCUUUAUGGUCUGGUAAACAGAUUCUCUCUAUGGCCAUUCCAAAUGGUAUUCACUUACAACGUUUUGAUGAUGGAACCACAUUUUUAUCACCUAAGGACAACGGUAUGUUAAUUAUUGACGGUCAAAUUAUUUUUGGUGUCGUAGAUAAAAAGACUGUUGGUUCUUCAAGUGGUGGUUUGAUCCAUGUUGUAACAAGAGAAAAAGGACCAGAAAUCUGCGCUCGUCUUUUCAGUAAUAUCCAAAAAGUUGUGAACUACUGGUUCUUACACAACGGUUUUUCCAUUGGUAUUGGUGAUACAAUCGCCGAUGAAAAGACUAUGAGAGAAAUUACUGAAGCAAUUGCCAUUGCCAAAAAGAAGGUCGAGGAUGUUACCAAAGAAGCACAAGCGAACUUGCUAACAGCCAAACAUGGUAUGACUCUACGUGAAUCCUUUGAGGAUAAUGUUGUUCGUUACUUGAACGAGGCAAGAGACAAAGCAGGUCGUUCAGCAGAAGUUAACUUGAAGGAUUUGAAUAAUGUGAAACAGAUGGUCAGUGCAGGUUCAAAGGGUUCCUUUAUUAACAUUGCCCAAAUGUCUGCCUGUGUUGGUCAACAAUCGGUGGAAGGUAAGCGUAUUGCUUUCGGGUUUGCCGAUCGUACCCUACCACAUUUCUCUAAGGAUGACUACUCUCCAGAAUCAAAGGGUUUCGUUGAAAACUCUUACUUGAGAGGUUUAACUCCUCAAGAGUUCUUUUUCCAUGCGAUGGGUGGUCGUGAAGGUUUGAUUGAUACUGCUGUGAAAACAGCAGAGACCGGGUAUAUCCAACGUCGUUUAGUUAAAGCUUUAGAAGAUAUUAUGGUUCAUUACGAUGGUACUACGAGAAACUCGUUAGGUAACGUUAUUCAAUUCAUCUAUGGUGAAGAUGGUAUGGACGCUUCUCAUAUCGAAAAACAAUCUAUCGACACCAUUCCCGGAUCGGACGCUGCAUUUGAGAAGCGUUAUAAGAUCGACUUAUUGAACGAGGAAUACUCUCUUGAUCCUUCUCUCUUGGAAUCUGGUUCUGAAAUCAUUGGUGACUCCAAAUUACAGUUGUUACUCAAUGAGGAGUACAAACAAUUAGUCGAGGAUCGUCAAUCAUUGAGAAAGAUAUUUGUUGAUGGUGAACACAAUUGGCCAUUACCAGUCAAUAUCAAACGUAUUAUUCAGAACUCUCAACAGACUUUCCGUGUCGAUUUAACAAAGCCAACAGAUCUCACUAUUGAAGAUGUUAUUCACGGUGUUCAGAAUCUACAAAAGAAGUUAUUAAUCGUACGUGGUCAAAGCGAUAUCCUAAAAGAAGCUCAAAAGAACGCUAUUACCCUAUUCUGUUGUUUGUUGCGUUCUCGUUUGGCAACUCGUAGAGUAAUCGAAGAGUACAGACUAAACAAACAAACCUUUGAAUGGGUAUUGAAUAACAUUGAAGCUCAAUUCUUAAGAUCUAUAGUCCAUCCUGGUGAGAUGGUUGGUGUUUUAGCAGCACAAUCUAUUGGUGAACCUGCUACCCAAAUGACCUUAAACACAUUCCAUUUUGCUGGUGUGGCCUCCAAGAAGGUGACUUCAGGUGUUCCACGUUUAAAGGAAAUUUUGAAUGUGGCUAAAAACAUGAAAACACCAUCACUUACGGUGUAUUUGGAUCCAGAAUAUGCGUCAGAUCAAGAAAAGGCUAAGGAAAUUCGUUCUGCUAUCGAACAUACUACGCUUAAAAGUGUCACCGUUGCCUCUGAGAUUUAUUAUGAUCCAGAUCCUCGCUCGACUGUUAUAGAAGAAGAUGAAGAAAUUAUUCAGUUACAUUUCUCCUUGAUGGACGAAGAAACCGAAAAAUCUCUUGAUUAUCAAUCUCCUUGGUUGCUACGUCUAGAGCUUGAUCGUGCUGCAAUGACCGAUAAAGACUUAACCAUGGGUCAAGUUGGUGAGAAGAUCAAAGAAACAUUUAAGAAUGACUUGUUUGUCAUAUGGUCCGAAGAUAACGCUGACAGAUUAAUUAUUCGUUGCCGUGUUAUUCGUGAUCCAAAGACCCUAGAUGCUGAUGUUGAGGCAGAGGAAGAUCAUAUGUUAAAGAAGAUUGAAAAUUCCAUGCUUCAGAAGAUUACUCUGCGUGGUGUUGAAGAUAUUACUCGUGUCGUGAUGAUGAAAUACGAUAGAAAGAUUCCAAGUGAAACAGGUGAAUAUCAUAAAGUUCCAGAAUGGGUUUUGGAAACAGAUGGUGUUAAUUUAUCUGAAGUUAUGUCUGUUCCAGGUGUUGAUUCAAGCCGUAUUUAUACCAAUUCCUUCAUUGAUAUAAUGAAUGUGUUGGGUAUUGAGGCUGGUCGUGCUGCGUUGUACAGAGAAGUUUAUAACGUUAUUGCAUCCGAUGGUUCUUAUGUGAACUACCGUCAUAUGGCAUUGCUAGUCGAUGUUAUGACUUCUCAAGGUUUCUUGAUGUCGGUCACACGUCAUGGUUUCAACAGAGCUGAUACCGGUGCACUAAUGAGAUGUUCUUUCGAAGAGACAGUAGAAAUUCUAUUUGAAGCCGGUGCGGCAGCCGAAUUGGACGAUUGCCGUGGUGUUUCUGAAAACGUGAUCCUUGGCCAAAUGGCUCCUAUUGGUACUGGUGCCUUUGACGUCAUGAUAGAUGAUGAGUCAUUAGUGAAAUACAUGCCUGAACAUAAAGAAGUCAAGACUGAAGGACAAGAUGGAGGUGCUACUCCAUAUUCUAACGAUAGCGGUCUAGCAAAUGCCGAAAUUGACGUCAAGGAUGAACUAAUGUUCUCUCCUUUGGUAGAAUCAGGCGGAGCUGACGCUUUAUCAGGAGGAUUCACCGCAUAUGGUGGAACAGAUUAUGGUUCUGCAACUUCUCCAUUCAGUGGAUAUGGCAAUGCUCCAACAUCACCUGGAUUUGGUGAAGCUACAUCACCAUCAUAUUCUCCAACGUCUCCAGCUUAUUCACCAACAUCACCAUCAUACUCACCAACCUCGCCAUCAUACUCUCCUACAUCACCAUCAUACUCUCCUACAUCACCAUCGUACUCCCCAACCUCACCAUCGUACUCACCAACAUCUCCAUCGUACUCACCAACAUCGCCAUCGUAUUCACCAACUUCGCCAUCAUACUCUCCUACAUCACCAUCAUAUUCACCAACCUCGCCAUCAUACUCUCCUACAUCACCAUCAUACUCUCCUACGUCACCAUCAUACUCUCCUACAUCACCAUCAUACUCACCAACCUCGCCAUCAUACUCUCCUACAUCACCAUCAUAUUCACCAACAUCACCAUCAUACUCACCUACAUCGCCAUCAUACUCACCAACAUCACCAUCAUACUCACCUACAUCGCCAUCAUACUCACCAACGUCACCAUCUUACUCGCCUACAUCACCAUCGUACUCACCAACAUCUCCUCAAUAUAAUCCUGGUUCAUACUCUCCUGCGGAUCCAAAGAAGGAGGAAUCUGAUGAAGAAAAGAAGGAUAACAAAUAA